GGGAGCGCGUCCCGCCGCCCCUGCGCUUGGGUCGGGCGGGGGAGCGCUGCCUGAGGGGAUCCGCGCCCUGACAGCCGCGGGUUGGACUUGCCCAAGAAUUGCCAGCAGAUUGUGUUCCCAAGGCAAUUGCUCACAGUUAGCUGGAUGACUGACAUCUGGAUUGAUGAACAGAAAUUCACUGAGAUGACAUAGGGAAGGGUGUCAAGGACAAUGGUGCAGAAAAAGAAAAUCUGCCCUCGCUUACUCGACUAUCUUGUGAUCAUUGGAGCCAGGCAGCCGAGUAGCGACAGUGUUGCUCAGACCCCUGAGCUGCUGCGGCGUUACCCUCUGGAAGACCACGGGGACUUUCCGCUGCCACCAGACGUCGUGUUCUUCUGCCAGCCAGAAGGAUGCCUGAGCGUGAGGCAGAAGCGCAUGAGCUUCCGUGACGACACUUCCUUUGUCUUCACGCUCACAGACAAGGACACGGGCGUCAUUCGCUAUGGCAUCUGCGUCAACUUCUACCGCUCCUUCCAGAAGCGAGUACCUAAGGAGAAGGGAGAAGGCACGGGGGGGCAUCGAGCUCGGGAGGGACAGAAAACCCCCAAAUCUGGGGAUGCAUCUGCACCCCAAGAGGAAGUGGGCACUGAGAGUUCAGAGAGCGGUUCAUCACUGCAGGCUCCAAGUACAGAGUCUACCCCAGAUGUGAACCGAUCGCCGCGUAGUAAGCGUCUGGCCAAAGGCAGCCAUCGCUCUCGGAACAGCACGCUGACUUCUCUCUGCAUCCUUAGCCAUUACCCCUUCUUUUCCACCUUUCGUGAAUGUCUGUAUACCCUCAAGAGACUUGUGGACUGCUGCAGUGAGAGAUUGUUGGGCAAGAAGUUGGGGAUUCCUCGUGGGGUGCAGAGGGAUACGAUGUGGCGGAUUUUCACAGGCUCCCUCCUGGUGGAAGAGAAAUCCAGCGCGUUGCUGCACGACCUGAGGGAGAUCGAGGCCUGGAUCUACCGGCUGCUGCGCUCGCCGAUGCCGGUCGCCGGUCAGAAGCGAGUGGAUGUGGAAGUCUUGCCCCAUGAGUUGCAACCAGCUUUGACCUUUGCUCUCCCUGAUCCAUCCCGCUUCACCUUGGUGGAUUUUCCAUUACAUCUGCCUUUGGAGUUGUUGGGAGUGGAUGCCUGCCUGCAGGUGCUGACCUGCAUCCUUCUGGAGCACAAGGUUGUAUUGCAGUCCCGAGAUUAUAAUGCGCUCUCGAUGUCUGUGAUGGCCUUUGUGGCUAUGAUCUACCCACUAGAGUACAUGUUCCCAGUGAUCCCUCUGCUUCCCACAUGCAUGGCCUCUGCAGAACAGUUGCUUCUGGCCCCUACACCAUAUAUCAUUGGCGUUCCAGCAAGUUUCUUCCUUUACAAACUGGAUUUUAAAAUGCCUGAUGAUGUAUGGCUUAUUGACCUGGAUACCAAUAGGGUGAUUGUUCCCCCGAAUGCAGAAUCUUUGCCAGCCUUGCCAGAACCAGAAGCUACAGAGCUGAAGAAGCAUCUGAAACAGUGUCUGGUUAGCAUGACUGCAAUCACUCAGAAACAGCUGCUCACUCCUGACAACAAGGCAUUGGCCAGCAUGAGCCUGAAUACUCAGCCCAUUCUUAAUCUAGAGAAGUUCCAUGAGGGGCAGGAGGUGCCACUGCUGCUGGGAAGACCACAGAAUGAUUUGCAGUCCACUCCCUCCACAGAAUUCAACCCUCUCAUCUAUGGAAACGAUGUGGACUCUGUGGAUGUGGCUACCAGGGUUGCUAUGGUGAGAUUUUUCAACUCACCAAAUGUUUUGCAAGGUUUCCAGAUGCACACUCGAACUCUUCGUCUCUUCCCACGACCAGUUGUGGCCUUCCAGGCAAAUUCUUUUCUUGCCUCUAGGCCAAAGCAAACACCUUUUGCAGAUAAGCUUUCCAGGACACAGGCAGUAGAAUACUUUGGAGAAUGGUCACUCAAUCCUACUAACUAUGCUUUCCAAAGAAUUCAUAACAACAUGUUCGACCCAGCACUGAUCGGUGACAAACCCAAGUGGUAUGCUCACCAGCUGCAGCCCAUCCAUUACCGUGUCUACGACAGUAAUUCACAACUGGCUGAAGCACUGAAUGUCCCAGCAGAGAAAGAAACAGAUUCUGAUCCCACUGAUGACAGUGGCAGUGACAGUGUUGACUAUGAUGACUCAAGUUCCUCCUACUCCUCCCUUGGUGACUUUGUGAGUGAGAUGAUGAAAUGUGACAUUAAUGGCGAUACCCCAAAUGUUGACCCCCUGACCCACGCAGCUCUUGGUGAUGCCAGUGAAGUGGAAUUUGAUGAUUUUCAAGAAUAUUCAGGGGAUUUGGAUGAACAGGCCAUGGACAGUGAAAAUUCCCAAGAGAACAACCAGCCUCGUUCAAGUUCCAGUACUACAGCCAGUAGCAGCCCCAGCACUGUCAUCCAUGGAGUGAAUCAUUUGUAUGUAACGCAGACUAGCGAACAGGUCAAUGAUUUGACUGGUCCCCAGGAGUCAGCAGAUACAGCAGAAAUAGAAGAGAAGUUGGUUGCUGGAUUUUCAAACCAUCUCCCUUCCUUGCCACUGCAACCGAGCUUCCCCAAGAUCAGUUUGGAUCGUCGUGAGAGCGACAGCGCAGCCGGCAGCGUGAGCUCCUCCGAAGGGGUGGUGAGGAAGCGGGAGUAUGACAAUCCAUACUUCGAGCCACAGUAUGGCUUUCCUACAGAGGAUGAAGAUGAUGAGCAGGAAGAGAGCUACACCCCAAGAUUUAACCAGAAUCUCAAUGGAAACAGGUCUCAGAAGUUACUCCGUCCAAACAGUUUAAAACUGGCCAAUGAUUCUGAUGCAGAUUCAGAUUCCAGGGCCAGCUCCCCAAACUCUACUGUCUCCAACAACAGCAGUGAAGGUUUUGGGGGCAUCAUGUCUUUUGCAAGCAGCCUGUACAGAAACCACAGCACGAGUUUCAGUCUGUCCAACUUAGCCUUACCAACCAAAGUUGGGAGAGACAAGAAUACUCCAUUUCCCAGCCUGAAAGUAUUUGGGUUAAAUACUAUAAUGGAGAUUAUUACUGAAGCUGGCCCAGUAAGCAAUGAAGGAAACAGGCGAGCCCUUGUGGAUCAAAAAUCUUCAGUCAUUAAGCACAGCCCGACAGUCAAGAGAGAAUCUCCAUCGCCUCAGGGACGAACUAGCAAUUCCAGUGAGAACCAGCAGUUCCUGAAGGAGGUGGUACACAACGUUCUGGACGGGCAGGGUGUUGGCUGGCUGAACAUGAAGAGGGUCCGCCGUCUGCUGGAGAGCGAGCAGCUCCGUGUCUUUGUGCUCAGCAAGUUGAAUCGCACCAUCCAGUCGGAAGAAGAUGCUCGACAGGAUGUCAUACAGGAUGUGGAGAUCAGCCGGAAGGUUUAUAAAGGCAUGCUGGACUUGCUGAAGUGCACUGUGCUGAGCCUGGAGCAGUCCUAUGCCAAUGCUGGCCUGGGAGGCAUGGCCAGUGUUUUUGGCCUGCUGGAGAUAGCACAUACUCACUAUUACAACAAAGAACCAGAAAAGAGGAAACGAAGUCCCACGGAUGGAUCUGUCACCCCGGUUGGCAAGGAUCCAGCAUCGUCCCCACGAGUGGAGCCAAAGCCUGUGACGCAGCUGCCAGUGCCUCAGCUCAUGCCCAAGGCACCGAGCCCUGCAGGCAAAGGGCCGAGGGAGUUUGACACAAGGAGUCUAAAGGAGGAAAAUUUUAUUGCUUCCAUUGGGCCAGAAGGUGUGAAACAGUUUGAUUUGGGAGAAACAGAUGAGAAAAAAUCCCAAAUCAGUGCAGACAGUGGCCUCAGUUUGGCCUCAGGUUCUCAGAAGAGUGAUUUUGACUCUCUUCCCAGCGGAGGACCAGCAGUUAUGGUCCGAAGUACGAGCCAGGAUUCUGAAGUCAGCACAGUGGUUAGUAACAGCUCUGGAGAGACACUGGGAGCAGACAGUGACUUGAGUAGCAACGCUGGCGAUGGCCCGAGUGUGGAAAACGGUGGCAAUUUGACAGGAUCCAGAGGCACUGUGUCAGACAGUGAGAUUGAGACAAACUCUGCUACUAGUUCUAUCUUUGCAAAGUCUCACAACCUGAAGCAGAGUGUGAAGGAGAGCAAAGGCAGUGCUCCAGGGAGAGCUCCAGAAGAUGGGAACCAACGUGUAUAUCUCUACGAAGGACUUUUGGGCAAAGAGCGUUCAACUUUGUGGGACCAGAUGCAGUUCUGGGAAGAUGCGUUUUUGGAUGCUGUGAUGUUAGAGAGAGAAGGAAUGGGGAUGGACCAGGGACCUCAGGAGAUGAUUGACAGGUAUCUUUCCCUGGGAGAACACGAUCGAAAGCGUUUGGAGGAUGACGAGGACCGCUUGUUGGCAACACUGCUGCAUAAUAUGAUUGCCUAUAUGCUUAUGAUAAAGGUGAACAAGAAUGAUAUUAGGAAGAAGGUGCGUCGUCUAAUGGGGAAGUCACAUAUUGGCUUGGUGCACAGCCAGCAAAUCAAUGAUGUUCUAGACAAACUUGCCAAUCUGAAUGGACGAGAACUCCCUGUGAGACCCAGUGGCAGCCGCCACAUCAAGAAGCAGACUUUUGUAGUCCACGCUGGGACAGACACAACAGGAGACAUAUUCUUCAUGGAGGUAUGUGAUGACUGCAUUGUGCUGAGAAGCAACAUUGGAACUGUGUAUGAACGUUGGUGGUAUGAGAAACUCAUCAACAUGACUUACUGUCCCAAAACAAAAGUGCUGUGCCUCUGGAGGAGGAACGGUCAGGAGACACAACUGAACAAGUUCUACACAAAGAAGUGUCGGGAGUUAUACUACUGUGUAAAAGACAGUAUGGAGCGAGCAGCAGCGAGACAGCAGAGCAUUAAACCAGGCCCUGAGUUGGGUGGUGAGUUCCCCGUGCAGGAUAUGAAAACCGGUGAAGGAGGUCUUCUUCAGGUCACACUGGAAGGAAUUAACCUGAAAUUUAUGCACAGUCAGGUUUUCAUAGAGCUGAAUCACAUAAAAAAGUGCAAUACUGUGCGAGGAGUCUUUGUCCUGGAGGAAUUUGUUCCUGAAACUAAAGAAGUGGUGAGCCACAAGUACAAGACGCCAAUGGCUCAUGAGAUCUGCUACUCUGUGCUGUGUCUCUUCUCUUAUGUGGCUGCCAUUCGUGGAAAAGAGGCAGAAAACAAAAGCAAACCACCUCGACCGGUUUCCAGUUGAUCGGGAUAUUGGGAAAUACCUGCCCGCUGACGCGCAGCACGCCUGUUUUUACUGCACUUACUGGAGCUCACUUUACUGUCUUCUAUGAGAACUCCAUUAUUUAUGUACAACCCUGCAAAUCUUUCCCCAUUGGAAAACUUCACUCUCAGUCUCCUGAAUUCAUCCUUAAUGGGGUUUUUAUAUGAGCUGUUAAUCAGACAGUUUUGAGCGUCAGUAUCCAGCUGUGAGUGACCUACUCCGGCCAUUCCUUUGGAAUUCUUUUUCUUUAAGGUGACCAACAGCUUGAGUUCAGUUAGGUUUUUUGUUUCUAGUGGUACUUGUCACAGAUUAAUCACUUUACAACUGCAGGCUUCUGCUUUCAGGUUCCCUGGUCUUUGCACAGGGAAGCAGCCCUGUCCUGCAUGUAGUGUUUUUCUUGUUUUCCUUCUGUGUUUUUCCUUUUUACCCACCAAGAUGGAGUUCUUGUCACCUAGUUCUUCAGACCUUUCUGGUAGAGGUGAAGAAUUUAGCUACCAUAGUCUUAAAAUACCAUGUGACAAUUGAAGUUGGCUAUUAAAUUGGUCCAUCUGUGGUGAUGACUGCUUGUCCAGUGGGAAAAGAAGUGGAGAGAGAACCUUUGAAAGCAGUAUAUUGUGAAAAACCCUGACACCUCAUGGGCUGUGUGGACCUUCAGGUGGGAGUUUAGGUAACAUUUGCAGCUGUCCCAGCAGCAGAGUAAAUAUAUGCACACAAGCACUACCUAAAGCAGUUUAUGACAAGGAUGAGUAAAAUGAAUAAGGAAAUGUAAAACUUGGAAACAUUCUUGGCCAAAGCACCCAGUAGACCCAUGUCGUUUUGGGUUUGUAACAUACACAGAGUAUUUCAGUAGUUCAGAAGCCCAAAGGAUUAUUCUCUCUCCAAAUUUUUUAAGGUAUUCCUUGUUUUUUUCAAGCUGUACCUGUACAUCAGGGAAUCUUGCAAAUACUGUGUUAGUGUACAAUGAAACUCCCGCAGUUAAAACUCCGUCACAUUCCUUAUUUUAAGUAGACUGAAGAUGAAUGUUUUUUGCAUCCUGUUUUUGUUCUUGAACUGUACUGCACUUGUCAGGAAAGCUCUUGGGAUGCUGGAAGGAGAGACUGUCUAGAGAAAAUUAUAUGUAAAAUACCUGGGAAAAAAAUGCUCCAAUGCAAACUGAUGAAUGUUUUGACAUAGAAUUAUGAGUCAAUGCACCCAGAAACAACCCUAUUUUGGCUUGGUCAGGGUUUCUACUGGUUUGAAUGGAAUACACUAGUAAUGGGUGAGGAAAUGAUGUAAAUAUUAUAGCACCACAUCUAUUUAUAGAAACUGUACAGCUGUCUGAAUGUGAAAAUAAAAUGUCAUUCAACCAGCAA